AUGCAACAGCUCUUCGUGGAAAACGCCACCUUGCGCGAAAGCUUGUUGUCUUUCUCCUCCAGCCUUACGCAGGCCAGCUCCAUUGUGAAGGCGUCCGCUGAUGUGGAAGGCGACAAGGCCUUGCAGCAGAUCUUGUCCAGCAUCAGGGCUAAUGCAGAAUGUGCUGUGCCUGCAGUCUUCACGCGACUCAAUGCUUCACGCAAGCUCGACCCUCGCUUGGAACAGGAGGCCCGUGAGCGUCGCGAGAACUUGAUGAAGUCACUGAUUUGGCACCUGUCCGAGGAACCACAUGAGGAGGCCUUUGCAGCCACUGCACCUGCCCGCUGGAACACAGCGCCCGAGCUGCCAAGGCAACCACGUACCUUGGUGAAGCAUCGAUCUUCUAUGGAGGAUUUGGAGGAGCGACAGCCACAGCUGCCCAACAGGCAGUCGAGACCCUUGAAGAAGCAGCCGCCUGCAGAAGCCUUGGAGGACUUACCCUGUGUGGCUCGCGGACAGGAUGCCUUUGAUCUCAAUGCAAGGAGCAGCUGGAGCCGGCAAUGCUCCGGAGCCUCACAGGUGUCCAACACGUCAUCGCGUAUGUCAUCGCGCCGGCAAUCAUUCCUGGGGAUUACAAGCCUCGAGUUCCGACAUGACGCAGGGAAGGUCAAACCGCUGCGACCGACGCCUGCGACGGUGCGGCGGGCGCCCGAACCUGCAGGGCCAGGGCCUGGCUUGAUGCUGCCGCAUGUGCCCAUUCAGGCGCGGGGGAAUUCGGACUCGGAGCACCUCUCCCCUGGUACCAGUGACCUCCGAGCCUCUUCUGAAUCUUCCAGUGACGGCGAGUUCCAGAAAAGUGAGGAGCGGCCACACAUGCCAAAGCUCACAAUGAGACCACCACAGGACAGCCAGAGCGGUUCGCAAACACAGCGCUAA